AUGCCCGAAGCCAAACCUCAGAUUUCCUGGCUAGCUAUUCUGGAUCUCAUCCCAGGAGCAUUUUCAAUAUUUCUUGCUGGAUUGAUUGCAGCAUGCACGGGGCUAUGGCGCAGUAAGAGAGAUGCUCCUACGCUUUACUUGCACAUAUCCUAUGCUGUCAUGCGCAAGACGUCAGCACGAUACUCGCCAGUGCAACUUCAAUGGGCUCUACCAACCUCGGAUCAGGUCUAUCGCAGCUAUGCGCGGUCUGCCAAAAUAAAACCUGAAAUUAUCAAUUUGGCAAAUGGCGCCAGUGGCUACUGGGUUGGUGACAAACACGCCAAGAAUAUCAUCAUUUGGUUCCACGGUGAGAUUGUGCCAUGUGGUGGUUUCAAUAUGGCAGCAGUCCCAGCUUUCUUCGAGUUUUGGCAAAGCUUCAUUGUUGCACUCCGCAGAAGCGACAAAGACGUUGCAAUCUUUGCCAUGUCAUAUAGCCUCGCACCACAAGCAACAUACCCGACUCAACUUAUUCAAGCUGUGGAUGCCUUGCGAUAUGUUGAUUCUCAGAAGCAGCGUGCAGAGUCCAUUGUUUUGGCUGGUGACUCGGCAGGUGCUAGUUUAGCAUUUGGUGUAUUAUCUCAUCUUGCCCAUCCACAUCCAGCAAUUGAGAGGCUUCAGCUGGCAAAGCCAUUAGAUGGCCUUGUGGUGGUAGGAUAUCCAGGUGCAACAAAUGAUAGUCACGUUCCAGCAGGGUCUGAAAGAUAUUGGGGCGGUGACCUCAUUGACCCAGUCGUGGUUGAGAAUUGGAUGAAAGGUUACAUGGGCAAUUCUGCCCCGGACUACUAUACUGACCCGAUAGGCGCUCCGGAUAGCUGGUUUCACAAUCUACCAACAAAGCGCACGUUGAUGCUUGCGGGGGGCAACGAGUUGCUAAGGCCCAUGAUUGAAGCCUUCGCGCAGAAGCUCAAGGAGACAAGACGCCAACACAGCAAGGCUUGA